AUGUACGCUAGUAACUUUGUCGAAGAUGACGAGUUCUGGAAUGAAUGCACGGAUGGACACCCGCCGGAGAAGGACUCUCGACCUGUUGAAUUUAUCUACGUGCGGGGGCGCUUCCACUACAAUUCAGAUGAGCCUGACGAACCUUGGCACAUCACAGUUGACUUCGGCAACCGUCAGACAUGGAGCCAUGGGGAGGGCUUUUUCCGUCGGGGCUACCACAUAUAUGCGAAGGGUGACAACUUGGCCAAUGGGUACGCAGGUUAUUGCUCGCCAGUCAAUAAGACGGGCAACCUGAUGAACAUAGCAGCCUCACCUAGUCUCGGUCAAAGUGGUGUCAUGCCAGGAGCACCGUCCUCAUUGAACGAAAAAGAAUCCGUCCUUGGGGUACCUCGGGGUGUCAGAGGAUACUUCCGUAACUCUGCAUUCCGGAGAACUUUGUACGAGACAACUUUACGUGAGUUUAAGCCACCGAAGGCACUGUUCGAGCUCGUCGACAUGGACGAGCUCAAUGACAUGAUCAAGUGCAUCCGCGAGGGCGCAUUGAAAUCUGCGAGGCCAAGCAAAGAGGGAGAUAUGGUUAUCGAUUUUUCCGGAAACUGGGUGAAAGCCCACCAAGCAAUAUCAGACGCAAGAAAGGCAGGAAAAGAGGUCCCUUUAGGGUGGAAGAAGAUUGCACAGCAUGAGCUUCUCCGGUCAUGCGCUAAAGGCCGAGCUGCUGGGUCAGCCUAUGAGAAGACUAGGAGGACCAGAAGGGAUAAAGGGCGUACAACAAGACCUUGGCAGGGGUCUCCAAAGUCCAGAACGUCCGAGGCAACAAAAGAGGCAUCUCGUCCUUUGUUCAAAACUCGUGGUUCCUGGGAUGAGGGCCUCCUCGACUUUUCUAAAGAUCAUUCAGAGUGCAAACGAUCCGAAUCGAACGUCAGCAGUAGGAGCGAAGAAGUCCAAAGAGUUAGGGUGAAAGGUCGGUCCCGAAGAAUGGCAGGCCCCUCCCAGUCCAAGAAGUCAGAGGCAGCAGAGCGAGCGCCUAGUCUCAAGCUUACGAUCCGCGAUCCACCAAAUAUAGGUACCGGCGCCCGCCAGCAUGGCUCGGCAUCCGGUACAGUUGACUCGAAAGAUAGCUGCGAGCAGUUGCUGACGGAUUUGCCCGAGGGCAAAAAACCAGAAUCUAAAGGUCCGCCCCGAAAAGCGACGAGAUCUAAGAAGGAAUUUGAUCUGGGACGAGCUUUGUUGGACGUAACCCACGAGCCUACGGGCUUCGUCGAUUAUAAAAAGGCCGCAUGGAACAGGAAUCUGGCAUCGGACGAUAGACCAACCGGUCCACGUUUGGACCGACUCUCUGGGUCCUCAGUAGGCGCCUUGUUGCUGGACUAUACCGGCCCAGCCUCGGGCGGCCGGUCUCCUCGGGCGUCAAGCUCACGGAAGGGGAAAGCUCGUCCAUGUGGACUCGUGGAGAGCGCCUCUGACACUCGCGACUCUGGAAAGCAGACGAGUCGGCCGCUGCCACCUUCAGAUACCGACGCUAUUACCAAGAAUGGGAAGAAAGUGAGGAGUCCCUCGAAAUUGCAAGGUGUCGAGCAAAGGCGUGCACUGAAGAUGACACCGAAGUGGGUGUUACCGCGAAGCACAAAAGAAGGCACGUCUGACGAAGUUCACGCCUAA